UCUAUCAGCUCUCUGGUUGCAUUCUUGAGCCGUCGCCGGCGUUACCUGCCGCACACGCCGCCGCACGCCGCUGUGGAGUAUUAAGAACUUUGUAGUCAGAAAGCCAUGACAGGCAAACCGUAGCUGCAAAAAUGUCGCACAGUCAGCAAGCUCUGGCUCUCUUAUCAAAUAUGAUGAAAAUCUCACCUCUCAAAGCUUUUUCUUUCUUCAACUCCAUGACUCUCCAAGGCCUCCAUCACAGCUAUUAAGAACUUUGUAGUCAGAAAGCCAUGACAUGCAAAUUGUAGCUGCAAAAAUGUCACACAGUCAGCAAGCUCUGGCUCUCAUAUCAAAUAUGAUGAAAAUUCCACCUCUCAAAGCUUUUUCGUUCUUUAAAUCCAUGACUCUCCAAGGCCUCCAUCACACCCCACAAUCCAUAUCAAUAACUCUCCACCUUCUUCUCUCCUCGAACAUGCAAUCUCAUGCGCAGUCUCUCAUUCUACAGAUAUUAUCUGGUCACAUCUCACCUUCAGUCAUCACUCCUCACUCUCUUCUCCACCACUUAACAGAAAAACACUUCAAUUGCGACCCAACAGUCAAGUUUCAUCUUUAUGAAGCAAUUGUAAAUGCUCUUAUAGAAUCUCAGUCAGUAGAGCAAGCUCUGUUUUAUUUUAAUCAAACGGUUGAUAAGGGUCUUGUACCUGAAUCAAACUUGUUUAAUAAUCUGUUGAGCUUUCUUAUCAAAUCUUCUUGUUUUGAGAAGAGUUGGUUGUUUUUUAGUGAGAAUAAAUGUAGGGUUAAAUUGGAUGCCUAUAGUUUUGGGAUAAUGAUUAAGGGAUGUUGUGAGGCUGGUGAUUUGAACAAGGGAUUUGAGGUUUUUCAUCAGUUGGAGGAUUUGGGUUGGUCUCCAAAUGUUGUCACAUAUACUACUUUGAAUGAUGGGUGUUGUAAAAAUGGUGAUAUCGAGAGAGCUAAAAAGUUUUUUGAUAAAAUGGGUAGCGUUGCUAAUCAGUACACUUACACUGUUUUGAUUAGUGGGUUAUUUAAAAAAGGCCUUAAAAGGAAUGGGUUUGAGCUAUAUGAAAAAAUGCAGUUUAAUGGGGUGUCACCAAACUUGUAUACUUAUAAUUGUUUGAUUAAUGAGUAUUGCAAUGAUCGAAAAAUAAGUGAAGGUUUUAAACUGAUUGAUGAAAUGCGUGAAAGAGGUGUUGCUUGCAAUGUGGUUACAUAUAACACUCUUAUUGGUGGAUUAUGUAAAGUGAUGAGGAUCCGGGAGGCGGAGAGGUUAUUUUAUCAGAUGAGAAAUGCUAGUAUUAAUCCAAAUUUAAUCACAUAUAACACAAUAAUAGAUGGGUUUUGUAAUGUUGGGCAAUUGGACAAGGCUUUGACAUUCUUUGAUCAAUUAAAGUCAAAUGGUCAUUCUCCAUCUUUGGUGACUUAUAAUGUUCUAAUUGGAAGUUUUUGUAGAGCAGGAAAUUUAGGUAGAGAUUUUGAUAUACUUGGGGAGAUGGAGUAGAGGGGCAUAACUCCUUCGAAAGUUACUUAUACAAUUCUAAUAGAUGCAUUUGCUCGAUCUGAUCAUGUGGAGAAAGCUUUUCAGAUACCUGCCUUCAUGGAGAAGGCUGGUUUGGUUCCAGAUGUUUACACCUAUGGUGUUUUGAUCCAUGGAUUGUGUAGGAAUGGCAAUAUGAAAGAGGCGUCAAAACUAUUCAAAUCAAUGAGUGAGAUGCAGUUGGAGGCGAAUGAUGUUGUAUAUAAUAUGAUGAUUUACGGGUAUUGCAAAGAGGAUAACUCAUAUAGGGCCCUUAGGUUGGUUAAAGAAAUGGAUGAGAAGGGACUUAUUCCAAAUGUUGCUAGCUAUAGCUCCACCAUUGGUGUCCUUUGCAAGAACGGGAAGUGGCAAGAGGCUGGGGUUUUACUUAAUGAGAUGAUAGAGUCAGGUUUAAAACCAUCAGUUUCUAUAUAUGACAUAAUCUCUAGAGCCAAAAAUGUUAGAUAACUCAAGAUUUCAAGCAUUUCCAUUCUCUCAGCAACAUGGAUAUAAGCGGACUUAGGAAGUGAUUCCAUGGGCAAAGUCAAAUCGAAGCUUUUACUGCCUCAAUGGUGAGCAACCUUGGUCUAACUAGCUGCUGAAUAGAAGAUGGAGAUUGUUGAACAUUGCUGAAAGCAAGGUUUGUCACCUGCUGAAAGAAAAACUUGGAUUAAAUGGGUUCUAGUAUCGAACAGGAAAGCUGGCAAACUGAUUUUUGCCAAAAAUGCAAAGUGAAGG